AUGAUGGCAUCUGAAUAUAAAAAGCGCGGUGGCGGCUACAACACCACAAAGGAAGAAGGUCAGACCGAAUCUCAGAAACACCUCGAGAACUGGACAAAAGAGGAAUGGCAGACGAAGGAGGGAUCUGGCACGGCACGACAGGAUGAUGAAUCGCGUAAACGGUACCUACCGAAGAAAGCCUGGGAGAAAUUGAGUGAAAAGGAAAAGGAGGAGACGGAUGAAAAGAAGGUUGCCGAGUCACAAGGAGGGAAGCAGUUUGUUGGUAAUACCGCAGAGGCAAAGGAGGCAAGGAGGAAGGUCAGUUUUGAUGUUGAGAACGAGGGCCAGGAGAUUGAGGUAGAUUCGAAGGAUAUUCGACCGAAUGGGGAGACUGGUGAAACUGAGACAGAGAAGAACGAGGAGGAGAACGAGGAGGAGAACGAGGAGGAGAACGAGGAGGAGAACGAGGAGGAGAACGAGGAGGAGAACGAGGAGGAGAACGAGGAGGAGAACGAGGAGGAGAACGAGGAGGAGAACGAGGAGGAGAACGAGGAGGAGAACGAGGAGGAGAACGAGGAGGAGAACAAGGAGGAGAACACGGACGACAAGAAAAAGGAUGACGAGAAAGGCGGCGCGGGAACCAAACGCAGUGCGAAUCAGGAUGCAACACCAGAAAAGAAACAGAAGAAUAGUGCUAGGAUGCAAAGUCUGCGGAAGAGAAAUUAA